ACACUUCCUGUAUCUCUCACAGGUAACUCACUGGUCGAGAGAGACACACCUAAAGAGGAAAUAGAAAACGAUUCCUAGCCUUAAAUUUAGAGUCUAUGAAGACUUGUAGGCCUACAUUUAGGUAACUCCUAAUCGUUUGUAUUAAACUUGAACUGGAGAUACCAGUGGAAUAUCUUUGUGGAUUUUUAGUUUUGGAUUUGUACUAUGACUUUUAAAAUGACUUAUUUUCCAAUUGGAUUAUCAGCAGCCAUUGUGUUGCUUCAGUUAUUUUUUGUUGGCUGUUCGGAGGGCCAGGAUUUUGGGGAACAAUGUUUAGAAAAAUACAAGAAGGGUCGUCAGAAUUUUAUUCUCGACGCAGACGACUCCGUCAACGAUGGUGCGACAUUUAUCGCCUCACCGAAAGUUCAGAGCCACAAGGAUUGCGUCCGUUCCUGUUGUAAAGACCCGAAGUGCAAUGUUGCAUUCAUGGAAACAGCCGAGGAGGAGGGUCUUAUCAAGUCGUGUUUUCUCUUUGAUUGCCUAUAUAAGAAGGAAUACGUCUGUCGAUUCGUCAAGAAGACUGGAUACACAAGCUACAUCCUAGACAGCGUUCAUGAGAGUCACCUUGCAGAUAAAGUGCCACCCAAUGAGGACGACCUUCCCCCGCUGGCGGACGCCGGACAGGACCGCGUGGUCCAGCCCCAGGACAUGCUGAUUCUCAACGGGGUCAAGAGCAAAGACGACAAGGCCUUGGCCUCCUUCGAGUGGCACCAGGAGGCCGGGGACUCGACUGCCAUCAUAGAGAAAACCAGCUUCGAUGAUGAAAUCUCGGUGUCCAACCUGAAGCCUGGGAUGUACAAGUUCAAGCUGACCGUCACUGACUCCAGCGGGCAGACAGACUCCACAGUGGUGACGGUCCUGGUGCUGACCCCAGAGCAGUCUGAAGACCACUGCAUGGUGCCCAUGAAGGUGGGUCCGUGCCGCAGCUCGUACCCCAGGUGGCACUACAACGCCGCCUCCAGGAAGUGUGAACCCUUCACCUUCGGGGGGUGCUUGCCCAACGCCAACAACUACAUGACUGAGGACGAGUGCAGGAACGCCUGCCGAGGAAUGUCUGAAAACCACCUUGCUGGCCGCAGUGGGCCUCUACCAGCACCUAAAGGCGAGAUGUGUGGGAAGCCGUGUGGGUCAGGCCAGUUUAACUGCUCCAACGGCUGCUGUCUGGACGCGGGGCUGGAGUGUGACUCUGUGGAGCAGUGCAGCGACGGCUCAGACGAGGCCUCCUGCGAGUACCUGAAUAACAAGUUUAAGAUUCUUCUGCAGAUUCCUGUUGAUGAACAAAAAGUUCGCUGUACGGAGACUCCGGACACAGGCAACUGCAGAGACAGUUUCACCCGAUGGUACUACAACCCUCUCCACCAGAAAUGCUACCGCUUCAAUUACGGCGGUUGCCUAGGCAACGAAAACAGGUUUGAUGACAAGGAGACGUGCAUGAGGACGUGCAGGACGGUGACAGAACAGGACGUGUACUCCAGGAAAGAGAUCUUCGAAUACCAGAAUGAUAAGAACACGUCAGUGGUGGUGAUUGCAGUGCUGCUGGGCGUGGCCAUAUUCAUCCUGCUGGGGGUUCUGUGCUACUGCUUCCUGAAGGGGAGGAGUAAGAAGCAGCCCCAGCACCAGCGACCUGCUGCCUCCCAGCUCACCUCCAUGGAGGACACCCAGAGGCUGGUGUACAACGCCACCACCAAGCCUGUCUGACCCUCGACCCCGCAGCAGGCUCCGCUCUGCUCCACAGGAACAGGAUCAUGGUUCAAACACAGUUUCCACUCAUGUAUGUUUGAUUUGAGAGACUUUGAGUAUGUUUGAUCUUCAUACGCAUAGUUUUCUUCGAGUAAAGUGUCAACGGUUUCUGUUAAAUAUUAUGCUUUGUGACUCUGUAUAUUGUGCUUGUGUUUGGAUGCAGUAGAAAUCAUGUUGUUGGUCAAGGAGUUUGCACGUUGAUUAUGUAGUCAUGCAGAUGUAAACAUGAUUCUUUUUAAGUGCUGUAAUAAUGAACUAACAUCGUCCCAUAGUUGCUCUGUAAGUUUUUAAGUUUAGUUUGAGUUAAUCAUUGUUUUACUUUGAAUGUUUGCUGGUGAAAAUGUACAUAAUGCCCUUUGUCUUAAUAGUAAGAGGAAGUAAUAUUGUAUUUUAGUUUGAGUUUUAUUUAGUAGUUUAAUGUGUUAUUUGCAUUAGAAAAGUUGGGGAAAGUAGGUAAGGUUGGAGAAAUAUAUAUUCUUUCAACCUUUCUUUUAUUUGCUUUUGUAUAUAGCUGUAAGUUUCAUUUAAAGAUUCUGUUCAGUUAGAAAUCCUCAAUUCUUAAAUAAAUUAGAAAAUAACAAACACAA